AUGUCAGCGCCUGGCGCGACCGGCGCCCGUCCGCGGCAGCGCCGGAGGUGGCGCCUGUACUGGUGCUACGUGUGCCGCCGCGCCCUGCGCACCGUGUCGUCCCCCACCUCCGACGUCUUCUGCCCGCGCUGCCUCGGCCGCUUCCUCCACGAGAUCGAGCUGCCCACGCCGGUGCACUCACCGAUCGAGCAGCUCUUCCAGCCGCCGCCGCCAUUGCCCACGUACUUCCAGCCGCCGCCGCCAUUGCCCACGUACGAGGGCGCCCCUCGCCACUGGGUCAUUUACAGGGGCGAGGACGACGACGGCGACACGCCGCGCCCACGCCGCCGCCGCCGGGUCCCGUCCCCACCCCCGGCCCCGGGCGCGCGCGGCGGCCUGGACGGCGCCGAUGCCGGUCCACCGGCCACCGGCUUUAACCCAGCAGAGUUCUUCACCGGGCCCAACCUGAACGCGCUCAUCGAGGGGCUCACGCAGAACGACCGCCCGGGACCGGCGCCGGCGCCGACAUCAGCCAUCGAGUCGCUCCCCACGGUGCGCAUCUCGCCGGCACACAUGGCGGACGGCUCGCAGUGCCCCGUGUGCAAGGAGGAGUUCGAGCUCGGGGAGACCGCGCGCGAGCUGCCGUGCAAGCACGCCUACCACUCCGACUGCAUCGUGCCGUGGCUCCGGCUCCAUAACUCCUGCCCGGUCUGCCGCCAGGAGCUGCCACCGCCGACCGGCGAGUCUCCCGAUGGCAGCGGCGGCGGCGACGGUGACGGAGGAGCGGAGAGGAGGGAGCCGCCGGGGCAGCUGAUGGCCGGCUGGGGCCCUCUGGCGUGGCUGUUAAUGCUGGGGGAUCCGGACGUCGGCGGAUGGGAGCAUGGAGCUGAACGGCGCGGGAGCAGGGAAGGGGACGGCGCUGAUGACGGCGGCGGCAAUGCCAGCUCCGGGCUCUCUGGCCCGACGAUCGUGCAGUCGUUUGUUCUCGUCGCUGCUUGCUUCUUCUUCGUCUCGUUUUUCGUUUGA